AUAAUCUUAAAUUGCUUGGAAGAGAAGUUCUCGACAUAAUACAGAAACGUGUCGGAACUACUCAAUAUCAUAUUGCAUAUAAUAAUGUGCAACAACAGGUAUCAGAUGUAAGAAGAGAGCGUAAGAAUAAGCGUGCUAUAAAG